CAGUAAAUGAUGAAUUUUCUUUAAGAAAAAAAUUUUAUCAACUAAUGCUGUAAACUACAUGGGAGUCAGUUGGUACUAGAUUACUAUAAUACUGAAGAUUAAAAUUAACUCAUUUGUAUACAAACACUUAAAUUACACUCAAGGAAGUUUUUAUAAGUUAUAAUAGAAACUUUACAAUUACAUAAUAUUUCUACUCCAAUUUGUUUAAUAUAUAUAUAUAUAUAUAACAUUUAAAUGGUGGCUGUCAUAAAAAUUACCGAUUUAUUCAAACAUGCAUUAAAUAUUUAAGAACAUUUAAAAUUAUAAUGAAUAUGGUGCACAAAUUUAGCAAAAUGUUCCUGUCUAGAGUUUAUUUUUCUAGCUGACUAACGAGUUUAUGGUCACUUAAUAUGGUUUUCCUGAGUUAAAGUUGUCGUUACGUGAUAUUGUUUACAAGCUGUUAUACUGACAUUUUUCCGAGGUAGAAAUACUGAUCGAGUGAUUACACAAGACAGGAUACUGAUUUCAGUAAGUUGUACUCUGUCUUUUAACAUACCUUCAGAUGUUCAUUCAUGUUUAUUUCGUGCUGUACAUGGUAUUAGAGAGGAGGGGAUUUAUGGGCUCCCCCUCCUUUAUUUGGAUUGGACAAAAAUCUGACACGUUUUUUCUCAACCCUUUAAAUGUGCAGUCCAGGAUGCUGUCAGAAGCAUACUGGUGUCAGUUAUAUACACACAAACCUGAAGCAGACUUAAGAAGAACGCAGAAACAAUGAAGUCCUUCAUUGGGAGUUUGGUAUAUUGCUUCUCUCUUCUGCUGGUGGAUCUCUGUGAAUCCUAUGACCUUAACAAUCCAUCCUACGUUUUGGCCCAAAGUUACGCACAAAGAAGAAAUCAUGCACUUCCACACCGGACACUGAGCCCAGCAGUAUACAGGACUAAAUACUGGUUAGAUGGACCUGAUCACCCUCACAAACAGAGGAGGAGGAUUUUGCCCCAUCUUAUCCCAGUAGCUUAUCCAGGACCCUCAGCUUCUUCUCAGCUCAAAGUUAAUGACUGGCUUAAAGACAUACCAACCACAAAGGUUCAUAAUACAAAUAAAGACCAAUCUCCACCUGUGGCACACAAGCAGCUGAAAGGUGUAUGGGCACCAGUAGUUUGUCGAAAAGUUCAAGAUCCAGAACAAACAGUUGUAGUUACAGGAGAAUCAGGGGAAAGGACAGGCGUGUCAGUGAUGGUGUCAAAUCAACCACUUGUUGUUCCACAAAAACUGUAUUCAGGUCCAGAAAAAUCUGUGGUUCAAUCAAAUAACCAGCCAACCUUUUCGACAGUUGCUCCUGAGACAGGUUUUCACCCAUCAAAGCCAUCAAUGACACAUUCCUCGGAUUUCGCAGCCUCGCAAUCUUUAAAUCUCUCCCUGCCUCAGAAAUCCAUGCCACAGUCCUUGUUAAAACUGCCACAAGAACAAUAUUCACAAGGCAUUUCACCCCAAUCCCUUCCAACCACUACCAUGACACCAGAGGCAUAUCCUCAAAGUACCUUCUUCGAAUCCCUGCCAACAUCCACCCUUACACCAGAGACAUACUCCCAGAGCACUUUAUCCCAACCCUUGCCAAAGUUCACCUAUACUCAAGAGCCAUAUCCUCAAAGAAUCCCACCCCAAUCAGCAUUAAAGUCUACUGUCACACUAGAGUCGUAUGCCCAAAGUGCCUUCCCUGAAUCCCUGUCAACAUCCACCCUGACACCAGAGACCAAUCCCCAAAGCCAUUCACCCCAGCCUGUGCCAUUGCCCACUCAUAGAUCAGGGCCAUAUUAUCAAAAGAUCUCAUCCCAAUCUCUGUCAACAUCCAAUCUGACAAAAGAGGCACAUCUUCAGACCGUCCCACAAGAAUCAUUACCAGAGGCACCAGGCAGGAUUAUUACCCACGGCAGGAUAGCCAUCACAGGGUCGACAGCAACAGAUUCACAGUGUAGGAGCCGUCCGUUGGACCUGGUCUUCAUCAUUGACAGCUCACGUAGCGUGCGUCCAGGUGAGUUCGAGAAGGUCAAGAUCUUCCUGGCUGACAUGGUGGACACUCUUGAUGUUGGCCCCGAUGCCACACGUGUCGCAGUGGUGAACUACGCCAGCACGGUCAAAAUCGAGUUCCUGCUGAAAAACCAUCUUACGAAAGACUCUAUAAAGCAAGCAAUCAACCGCAUCGAACCCUUGGCAGCAGGAACCAUGACUGGUAUGGCCAUCAAGAAAGCCAUGGAUGAAGCCUUUACUGAAAAGUCAGGUGCGAGGCCUAAAUCGAAGAACAUCUCAAAGGUUGCCAUCAUUGUCACCGACGGACGUCCUCAAGACCAAGUCGAGGAGGUGUCGGCUGCAGCACGGGCGUCAGGGAUUGAGAUUUACGCCGUUGGAGUGGACAGGGCUGACAUGCGGUCACUGAAGCUCAUGGCCAGCAAUCCACUUGAGGACCAUGUGUUCUAUGUGGAGACCUACGGUGUUAUCGAGAAGCUCACCUCGAAGUUUCGGGAGACAUUGUGCGGUAUGGACCCCUGUGCCAUGGGACAUGACUGUGAGCACAUAUGUGUCAGCAGUGGCUCCUCCUUUUACUGCAAGUGUCGGAAGGGCUAUAUUUUGAACGAAGACCAGAAAACAUGUUCCCUAAAACAUAUGGACGCCUGUGAAAUGGGACACAGCUGUCAACACAUUUGCGUGAGCAGUGGCGACUCUUAUCACUGCAAGUGCCGCUCAGGCUUUGUCUUGAACAAUGACAUGCAAACAUGCUCCAUUAGAGGCGCUGGUGCUUACGGGCAUGGCGACAGUGUACACAGGGGUGACCGAAACAGAAAGAAUGGUGGCGACGGAAACAGAAAGAAUGGUGGCGACCAAAAUGGUGAAGGUAGUGCUAGUGCGGAUGCCUGUGCGUUGGGCCACGACUGCCAACACAUUUGCAUCUCCAGCGGUUCUUCCUAUUACUGCUCGUGUCCCCCUGGCUUUGUCUUGAUGCAAGACAAGAGAUCAUGCUUUAAAGCCAGUGAUGGUGAUGGUGAUGGUAGUGCCAGUCUGGACUACUGUGCGCUGGGUCAUGAAUGUGAACACGUUUGCGUCAACGAUGAUUCUUCCUAUCACUGUGAGUGCCGGCAGGGUUUUGUGUUGCAAGAAGACAAGAAAACAUGUUCUAAAAAACAGGUGAAGGUGGAGAUCGUUCAGGACCCUUGCAUGUGUGAGGCCCGACUGGCUUUCCAGAGGCAGACACAAACCUCCCUACAGGACCUCAACGCCAAACUUGCUGCUGUCACAAGAAAGGUUGAGCAAAUGGAAAACAUGCUGGGACGCAUGUAACGGGGAAACUACUGGUUCCACAUGUUCAGAGCUUUCAGCAAUCAUCAGCGAAGCUUCAUCACAGGCCACAGUGAUCUCAAGAACCUCUUUAUGACUUCAAAACACCUGAAAAACAGUUUCACAUGUGUUCACAGAACACUGAUAAGUCCCAGAAAUGGAUAUUAAUUGUAUUCACAUAUAAAUGAAUAUUAAUGAGAGCUUAAAUAAGUAUUGAUUGUGUAAUAAUGUGCUUUUGCUCUCCAGAAAUGGUCAGUAGAAAUUGUUUCAUUUAAAUAGACUAAAUUAUGCAAUCUUUUGUAAUCUGUUUUGCUUUGGAACAUUAUCUAAGGUGUACCUUUUAUUGCUCAUGUAAAAAAAAAUGUUCAAUAUUAUUACUGUUUAAUCUUAUGUAGACUCUCAAGUAUAAAUAAAGACAUACUGUAAUGUACAAUAUUUAUAAUCAAGCUAUUUAAUCAAUAAUAUUCAUUACAUUAAAACUUUAAAUACCUU